GUCUCGCACCUGGUCGUCGUUGUCGCUAUCUGUUAUCAGUCUCGCACCCAGUCGCGCACCUUCACCGCUAUCGUCGUCGCUCUCUGUCUCGUCAUCGUAUCGCACUCAGACGCGCGCCUUCCCUGUGCUCUUCGUCGCCGGCAGCAGAGGCAGACGGUCCCGGUGGACUGGUCUUUGUUGUCGUCUUCUUGCUUCUCCCUUCCCGUCAGCUUCCUUCGCCCGCAACCCGAUUUGUGACCCACCGGUUCAACCAGUGAGCCAUGACCGGGUCAAUUACCAGUUUAGUUCUGAUAACUAUGCUCUCAUCCCUGACACCAUAGCUACGCAUUCUGAUUUCUGAGCCAUGGCUGUUUCACUAUGGAGAGCUCGCUUAGCUUCCUCUCUUCUCUCCAAUCUCACCAACUCUCUUCGCCGUUUCUCUUCCGACACAAAUGCUCAUAAUGCUCGAGAGAGCAUGAUGAAUCAGAUGAUGUAUUCCGAUAUAAAUUCUCGAAUUGGGAGUUGUAUGCCAUUAUCUUCUAUGCGAAUCGGAACUAUCAUUCACAAUAUUGAAUUGAACCCAGGGCAAGGUGGCAAGCUGGUUAGAGCUGCUGGAACUUGUGCAAAAAUCCUGAAAGAACCCACAUCAAAAUACUGUCUUAUCCAGCUCCCCUCGGGUGUUAAAAAAAUGAUUGAUUCUCGUUGCAGGGCCACCGUUGGUACUGUCUCAAAUCCAAGCCAUGGAGAUAAGAAGCUUAGGAAGGCUGGACAAAGCCGGUGGCUUGGCCGGAGACCAGUUGUUCGAGGAGUGGCCAUGAAUCCAGUGGACCAUCCUCAUGGUGGAGGAGAGGGCAAGAGCAAGAGUAGUGGUCGGUGGGGAAAAGGAUCUCGAACUCCUUGGGGUAAGCCGACUAAGAGUGGAUUCAAGACCGGGCCCCUGAAACGGAGGAAGUAGUAUCCAAUAUUCACUAUAGAUGCUUUUCAUGCUUCAAAUGUUUGCUGCUUGUGAUAAUUGAUGUUAACUUGUUAUGGGAAUUGGGGCUCCUGCUUAGGAAAAGUAUCUACUUGUAGUCCUGGAAUGAAUAGGUUAAGCCAAUUGACUAGUUUAUUAUCUCUUUACAUUAUUAGUUAUAUCUAACAAUUGAUACUUGAUUGAGAUUAAUAUGUUUGUGAAAAUAUACAUUUUAAGUUUUA